AGUAGGAGACAAAAGAAGAAGAAGAAGAAGAUGGGGUUGCAAUCAGUAGAGGCUUCACCAAGAGAAAGCGUGAUAGUUGUGAUGGACGCAAACAGGAACAAAGGAGUGGUAGAUGCACUUGACUGGGCUCUUAAACACGUUGUUCGUCCCAAAGAUAAGGUUGUGGUACUUGGGAUUUUGUGUGACAUUGGGAAGAAGAGUUCCUGCUUUCCCUUGAACAUGGGCAUCAGCAUCUGGGGUAUAUGGGAGAAGCUCGAGUUCUCAGGACAAGGAGAUGUUAAUCCCAGAGAACUUGGAGAAGAAAUUGAGCGGAAAAGAGAACAGUAUCAGAAUAUUCUGCAACCAUUCUACCGACAAUGCAAAAGAAAUGAGGUGAAGCUGGAAGUGAAACUUGCAGCAGGAUUACGUCCUGAUAAUACCGCAGUUGAAGAAGCACAGAAAUCUUGCACUCGGUGGAUUGUUUUAGACAGUCACUUGAAGAAAUACAAGGUCUUCAUAUACGAGCGUGUGGGAUGCAACAUUGCAGUGAUGAAAAGAAAAGAUGUUGCUACCUUGGUACCAUCAAAAGCUCCUCAAAAUGAGAAUUCUCCUAUGAUGUCAGAUACAACUGAUGAUGCAAAUUUUGCUCCAAACCAGCUUGAGAACCCAAAAAACAAAAUCCUUGAUGCUAUUCAAGAUGAGGAUAUCAGCUCACCUCCACACGGAUUACGUCCAUGCUGGUAUCCAUUGUCAUCAAGAAAUGGUUAUCCUCGAGCAUUUCUGGAAAGUGAAAUUGGAGUCAUAACAAAUGGAUUUGCCAAUGCAAAUCUUAUUGAGGACAAGAAUAAUAUCCAAAUUUAUCUAGGAAUUUGGGAGGACACACCUGUUAUAGUGAAGUCUUUCUUGGUAAAUGAUGAAUGUUUCUGGAGAAUGUUGAUGAUUCUUUCAAGGGUACGCCAUCACAAUAUUAUGAACCUUGUUGGAUACUGCUGCACAGGCACUAGCAGAUUCAUGCUUUUUGACUGCACAUGCUCUGGUACCAUUGAAAUGAACUUACAAUGUGAUGAGUCAGCUAGAAAAUUGACAUGGAGGACAAGGUGGUGCUUAGCUCUAGAGAUAGGUGGAAGCUUGCGUUACCUCCAUGAGGAGUGUGCUGAUGGACCAAUAGUUCACCUUUCUGUUUGCUCCUCCAACAUUGUCUUCAUCCAUGGUUGCCCUGCCUUGCUGGGGAAUUUCACUACUGCUAAAUGGAUAAAAGAUGAAAUCUCAACCCCCGAGGAUUCUUCAGCAGAGAGUAUAAAUGUAGAGAGAAACGAGCUCCUUGGCAUUGAUGUCCAUGAUUAUGGAAUCUUUCUGAUUGAACUAAUUAGUGGAAAGAGUGUUUCAUGUUUUGAAGAUGAGAAGUCCUUAAUUGGAUGGGCAUUGCCACUCCUGGAAAAUGAUUCAUUAGCCCAACUGAUGGAUCCCAGGGUGGGGGAUACUUGUGAUGCUAGGGCUGUUCAUAAUAUGGCGCAGGCUGCCUUGCUCUGCUUAAAGAAUGAUCCGGCUCACAAGUUUGCCAUAAGUGCGGUACUAGCUGUUGUUCGCGGUGACAAGCUUGCAAUGUCCAGGAGCUGAAUUGUGUGUAUAUAUAUAUAUAUAUAUAUAUACACACACAUGUAUAUGAAUAUUCUUGCUGUGUGUAAAACUAAUUACAAGUUACAAGGUCACAUAUUGUGAAUUUUCAUACAUGAUCCGUGUUAUCUUCUAUUAGUUGCUCAUGGCUGUAUAUGUAAACUGCGUCUCAAGAUGCAAUGGAGGGUGGCUAUUCUGGAGAA